GUACAUAUGGUUUAGGGUGUAUAUGGUUAGGGUAUAAGAUAUUGAUGGUCUUGACGGUUCUAAGUUUUUUAUUAACAUAUGUUCACUUGAAGUCAUUUGAAGUCUUUAACGGCAGGAGAUCCAUUUUUAAUUUAUGUUUAUGGUACGUGGUUAGGGUACAAGGUAUGUGGUGUAAAGUAUAGGAUAUAUGGUUAGUGUAUAACAAUUAGCAAAUAUCACUUUUUAUCUAUGUUUUGAAAAUCAAAGUAUGAAUUUCACUUUUAAAUUAACUAUACUAGCAAAAUCACAACUCAAGGACAUAUGGUUAGGGUAUAGGUUAUGUGGUUAGUGUAUAAUGUAUUGAUGGUUUAGGGUAUACAAUCAACAACAUAUACUAACUUAAUAUUGUUGAUUGAGGGUAAAGCUAAGUGUAUAGGAUAUAUGCUAUUGAGUAAGUUAUGAUUGAAGUCACAAUAAUUUUACUAAAUUUGAUAGCUAAUCUUUAAUGGUUCAAUUUUUAGGAUAAUUCGAACAAUUUUACAAAUAACUCGUUUGGCAACAAUUUACUAAAGUUAUUUGGGCAAUUAGUUAUUUUGAAAUAACUCCUUUUAUCACUAUGAUUUUGCCAAAUACCACACGCCAAAUACCAGAUUUGCAUGGUUAUACUAAACGAGAUACUUUAAUCCAAUUACUACUAAAUUACUACUAAAUAUAAAAUAAACAAUUAAUAGUGUCUUUUGGUUGCAAAUAUUGAUAUCACCAUUACUAUUAGCUAUAAUACUUUACCAAUUAUGAUUAAUUACAUAACAAGUUUGCAAGUCAUACAAAUUGAUUUAACAUUUUGACUAGUUUUUUUUUCAAAAAAAAAAGUAUAUAUAUACGAGGUAGAAAUAAAUUGGUUAAAAAGUUGAGAAAAUAUUUUAAAUUAGUGUAAUAAAAUGUGUAAAGUGGUAAUGAGUAAUGAGUUAAGUUACUUGAUGCGCUGGCCCGAACAACCCGAAAUCCGACCCGCCUGACCCAAAACCCGAUGAACCCGUAACCCGAUUUGCCCACAACCCGAUUGAAUCCGAACCCGAUGAACCCGCAACCCGACUAACCCGCAACCCGUUUGAACCCGAACCCGAUGAACCCGCAACUCGUUUGAACCCGAACCCGAUUGAACCCAGCCCGAACCCGCCCGAUUGACACCUAUACUUGCUGGUAUGAUAUCAAUCUAAUAAGGUAUUGCAAUAUACAUUAUUAUCUCAAUGUUGUCACUAUAGUUCAACGUUUAAAGCCUUUUGUUAGUAAAUUUCAUUUUCCAUACAGUAGCCAGGGCUAUUAAGAACCAAUUCGCUCAUAAACGACUCGGCGUUCAACUCGUUCGAUACUUGACUCGUCUGUAAAUGAGCCGAGCUCGACCCAUGACGAGUUCAACUCGAUAGGCUCGCUAACAAGCUCGAAAUCCUUUAAGUGUUUGAUGUUGGCGUCUUGUUCAAACUCGAUCUUAAGCUACAAUCGAUAUUUUAUAAGUUGAACUAGAUUUUUUAUAGUUAAACUCAUUUAACGCGCCAAACUUCUAUUUUUGUAAACUAACCGAACUCGAGGUUGUCUAUAUAAUGCAAACAAACAUACACAAGAAAAGCUGAAAUUCUGGUAAAGAUGGAGUGAUAGCCGAUAGCUAGCUUAGCCUUAGCCAGCUCGUGAAAAUGAACACGAAUGGAGGGCCCACCACCAUCACUUCCCCUUUGUCCGAUGCUCUGUGACUUAUGAGCGUUAAUGGCCAUCUUCUACACUACCCAAAAGAUCAACAAACAAAAACCUACACAAAUCCAAAAACACACCCAUCAAAGCUACUCACUUUCACAGUCGCUGAAAAUGAUGCACACCAGGAGCAAGCGCCAUACCAAGAUCUCCCUCUUGUCUCUGUUCUUCCUCCUCCUCCUACCCACAACCCACACAGCCACCGCUGCCGUCACAAUCGGCGGCGGCGUCAGCGUCGGAAUCGGCAAUGCAGGUACCGGAGGCGUAUGGAUCGGCGGCGGAGUCACCUCCCCCCAAAACCCCAACCAUCCGGCCGGCUCCACCGCUUACUCUGCUCUCCAGGCAUGGAAAUCCGCAAUCUCCGCCGACCCUUCCGGCGUCCUCGCCACGUGGGUCGGCGAGAAUGUCUGCUCCUACAAAGGAAUCUUCUGCAAACAAUCCUCCUCCUCUUCCACCGUCACCGUCACCGGGAUAGAUCUCAACCGCGCAAAUCUGCAGGGAACCCUAGUCACUGAGCUUUCCCUCCUCACCGAUUUGACCCUCCUCCACCUCAAUUCCAACAGAUUCCGCGGUGCCGUCCCGGAGACAUUCCGUGACCUAAUUUCCCUCCAGGAAUUAGACCUCAGCAACAACCAAUUCUCCGGCGAGUUCCCCUCCUCCGUCCUCUACAUCCCCAACCUCGUCUACCUCGACCUCCGAUUCAACUCCUUCUCCGGCCCGAUCCCCGACGCCCUCUUCGACAAGCGCCUCGACGCCAUCUUCCUCAACAACAACCAAUUCGACGGCGAAAUCCCCGACAAUCUCGGCAAUUCCCCUGCCUCCGUCAUCAAUUUGGGCUACAACAAGUUCACGGGCCAAAUCCCCUUAAGCCUGGGUUUCAUGAACUCGAGGCUCAAAGAGAUUCUCUUCCUCAACAACCAGCUCACGGGGUGCGUCCCCGAAGGAAUCGGGCUCUUCUCCCAGAUGCAGGUUUUCGACGUCAGCUUCAAUUCGCUGAUGGGUCAUUUGCCCGACACGGUGGCGUGCUUGAACGAGAUCGAGGUUCUGAAUUUGGCACAUAAUGAGCUCUCGGGUUCGGUCCCGGAGCUGGUUUGCUCGCUAAGGAGCUUGGUGAAUUUGACGGUGGCGUACAAUUUCUUUUCUGGGUUUAGCCGGGAGUGUGCCAAACUGUUUGUGAGGAACGUGGGGUUCGAUUUCGAGUCGAAUUGUAUCCCCGGGAGGGAUAUGCAGCGGCCGCAGCCGGAGUGCUCGUUGGUGCCCGGCGGUGGGCUGAGUUGUUUGAGGAUUCCGGCGGCCCAGCCGCUGGUUUGUGGGUCGAUUUUGGGUAGGGUUGGGGCCGGCGCCGAUCGGCAGGUUCGCCCGGGACCGGGACCGUCUUCUUCGCCGUGACAUUUGGGGUAGGUUGGGUGGGUAGUUAAUUUUGGGUGGACUGUUGUUGUAAGUUGAAUCAUGAAUCAGUAUGUAUAUUAGUUGAUGGGAUCGGAUCGGUUCAUUUAUGAUUCUGAACUUCCUUCUUAUCUUGUGGGUGGCUAACCGAGCUUUCUCAGUUCUCACUGAUUUAUUGCUCUCGUCGUGUUGGUUGGGAUUCACUGAAAAUGGUUUUUGGGAAUGGUGCUUUGUUGUUUAUGUGUUGGCAAUGGAAGUAGAAAUGAUGGUUCAUGAGAGGGACUAUUUUUGUUGGCAAUGAACCAGAAAUGGUUAAGAGGGGUACAGCUUGUCGUGGGGCUUCGAUGAUUUCUGCUCAACUGAAUGUGGAUCGAAAUUAGCGGGUCCUUAGGGUUGGGAUUUUUAAUGGUAUGAAUGGAAAUGAAAGGGAAAAGAUCCAAGAGAAUCUUUUGAAAUACCAUGUUGGUAAAGAUGUGAGGAGGCACAACAUCGAAUUCGAUCGAUUUUAUGUAAUAUGUGGUUAAUCAAUUAAAUUGGUUUAUGUAACCAAAAUGUUCAAACCAAACCGCGUUGAACCAAAUUGAAUCGAACCGAUGUGAUGGUUGGAGUGAAUCAACCGGUCCAACUACCAUGGGCCGAAUCGAUGCAAUGGCUCAUUAUUUUAAAAUGAACCAAUGUGUUGGUUGGGGUGUAACCACCUAUAUAAAGAGUUGUCUCCCUUCAAACGUACCCCUUCAUUUUCUAUAAAUAGAACCAUACCCCCUCUAGUUUUGGGAAAAAAUCCCAAAGUACACUCGUUUUUAAAAAAAAUUCCCAAAAUACAUUAGUUAUAAAAAAAUUCCCAAAGUACACAUGUUUGGCAUUCACCGAUUUUGACAUACGAAAACGGUGAAAACAUCACCGUUUUAAUGAAACGCGGUGAAAGCUCCCCGUGUCGAUUGGCCACGAUGAUGCGACGCGGAUCGCUGACGUGGACAAACGCAGCGAUCCGCGUCGCUUUUCCACUCACCGUGGCCGUUGGAUAAGGUGAGGCGCGAAUCGUGGUUUUCUUCUCAGAUCUGACGCCUCACAGCACGCCACGUCGCUAUAUCUGCGUCGCUCACCAUUUUUGAGGAAGGCGGUGCAUUCACCAUCUUUGACAGCCACGGUGAACACUCCAUUUAUUUUCGCGGAUCUCUCCCAUCCCUCCCUAUAAAUAGGACCCCCCCCCCCCCCCCCCCCCCCCCUCCCUCCCUCUUCCAAAUCACACCACCACAUUUACAAUUCUUUCUCCCUCAAACUAUCCGCUCUAGUCUCGUUCUAAGUAUGCCCUGCGGUUGGGCUAAGUCCGAUCUUCCACAUCAGAAAGAAUUACUAGAGUUUGACCCUAAAGCCCCCGUCGAACCUCUGUCCGGCUUCCGCCAAAAAAUGGACGAAGAGGCUCUUCGCGUAGGUUCUUGGUUUUUCUUUUGUGUUUUUUUAAUCAAAACAAUUUGAUUUU